CACCAGCUCGCCGCCCAGCUGCCUCAGCCCAUUACUCUAUCUUGAACGAGAAGGACAUGGCACAGGAAUUCUCAGCAUUCGGCAUCUUCUCCAAGACAGGAAGGUGAUAUGGAGACGAGGUCGUGUGCCGGUCUUCCGUGGUGUGCUUGUGGUGUGCUUGGUAUGAAGUCUUGGAAAUCCAAUGUAUACACUAGAACAGCCUUGAUUGGGCGGGCUAGAAUGCGGCGACUUGGCUUUGUUGGCGGGCGGAGCGGAGCGCGAGUCGUUCCACUUUCCAAGAACAAUACGGGCUUGGCUAGAAACGCAAAGGCGGGGAUGCGCUCUGGGCUGUCGCGCUCUCCGGACUCCACCUGCGUAUGCUAAGUGAUAACGUCGCAGCGCUCAAGAAUGCCUACGCCAUGCGGAUCUUCCUCCUGCUGUCGCUCCCCAACCGAAGACCAGGAUU